GGAGAGAAAAGAAGGAGGAGAGAAAAAGAAGGAGGAGAAAAAAGAAGGAGGAGAGAAAAAGAAGAAGGAGAGAAAAAGAAGGAGGAGAAAAAAGGAGAAGGAGAGAAAAGAAGGAGGAGAGAAAAGAAGGAGGAGAGAGAAAGAAGAAGGAGAGAAAAAGAAAGAAGGAGAAGAGGAGGCCGAGCCCAGCGCUCGCCAUCGCCAUCAGCAUCAUGUCUCCAGGGAAGAGCUGGGCUCGUCUUCCCACCGUCAGUAAUUGCCCUUUCAGACGUGUCGGUGUCCCAAUUAAUGGAUUCUGACAUGGAUUAUGAAAGGCCAAACGUAGAAACCAUCAAGUGUGUCGUGGUUGGGGACAACGCAGUGGGCAAGACACGGCUCAUUUGUGCCCGUGCAUGUAAUGCCACAUUGACACAGUAUCAGCUCCUCGCUACCCACGUGCCCACCGUCUGGGCCAUUGAUCAGUACCGGGUUUGCCAGGAGGUACUGGAACGUUCCCGAGAUGUUGUAGACGAUGUUAGCGUUUCCUUAAGGCUUUGGGAUACCUUUGGGGACCAUCACAAAGACAGGCGCUUUGCUUACGGAAGAUCUGACGUCGUAGUAUUAUGUUUCUCCAUUGCUAAUCCAAACUCCCUCCACCAUGUGAAGACCAUGUGGUACCCUGAGAUUAAGCAUUUCUGUCCCAGGGCACCUGUCAUCUUGGUAGGCUGCCAGCUCGACCUUCGCUAUGCUGACCUAGAAGCAGUCAACCGAGCCAGGAGACCUUUAGCCAGGCCAAUCAAACCAAAUGAAAUUCUGCCUCCGGAGAAGGGACGAGAGGUAGCCAAAGAGCUGGGCAUCCCUUACUACGAGACCAGUGUAGUUGCCCAAUUUGGCAUCAAGGACGUCUUCGACAACGCCAUCCGAGCGGCCCUCAUCUCCCGGCGGCAUCUCCAGUUCUGGAAAUCCCACCUCCGUAACGUCCAAAGGCCGUUGCUCCAGGCCCCUUUCUUGCCCCCCAAGCCUCCUCCCCCCAUCAUCGUUGUCCCCGACCCUCCUUCCAACAAUGAAGAGCGCCCGGCUCAUCUGCUGGAGGAUCCUUUGUGUGCAGAUGUUAUCCUGGUGCUGCAAGAGAGAAUCAAAAUCUACGCGCACAAGAUCUACCUCUCCACCGCCUCCUCCAAGUUCUAUGACUUGUUCCUGAUGGACCUGGACGAGGAGGGCCAAGAGGAGAUGACGGGAAGCAGCAUCAGGAUGGGCGCUGCGGAGCGAACGGUUCCUCAGGAACGGCAUCAUCACCACGGGCGGGACUUCCUCUUGAGGGCUGCUAGUUUUGACAUCUGUGAGAGUACUGAAGAAGCUGGCUCCGGCCAGCAAAAACCGUGCCUUAGAGCCUCCACCAGCGAUGGGAUUUUGCGGGGCAAGAACUACGGGGAACGAGGGCUAAAGCGGGGGAGAAUCCUCUCCUCUUGGAGCCGUGCCUUUGUCAGCAUCCAGGAGGAGAUGGCCGAUGACCCCGUGACCUACAAACCCCGGCUGAUGGUGGUCGUGAAGAUGGAUCCCUCCAUCCAGCUGGGACCGUUCAGGGCCGUGCUCAAAUAUCUCUACACCGGGGAGCUGGAUGAGAACGAGAGAGAUCUCAUGCAUAUCGCCCACAUUGCUGAACUGCUCGAAGUCUUCGACCUCAGGAUGAUGGUGGCCAACAUCCUCAACAACGAGGCGUUCAUGAACCAGGAGAUCACCAAAGCCUUCCACGUCAGGAGAACCAACCGGGUGAAAGAAUGUCUGGCCAAGGGGACUUUCUCUGAUGUCACUUUUAUACUGGAUGAUGGUGCUAUCAGUGCCCACAAGCCCUUGCUGAUCUCCAGUUGUGACUGGAUGGCUGCCAUGUUUGGGGGUCCUUUCGUUGAGAGCUCAACUCAGGAGGUAGUUCUACCGUACACCAGUAAGAGUUGCAUGCGAGCAGUGCUUGAGUACCUGUAUACUGGCCAGUUCUAUUCUUCUUCAGACCUUGAUUACAUGAAGCUCAUCAUCUUGGCCAACCGCUUGUGUCUCCCACACCUGGUUGCACUCACAGAACAGUUCACUGUGUCUGGUUUGAUGGAAGCAACGCAGAUGUUAGUGGAUAUAGAUGGCGAUGUCCUUUUGUUCCUGGAGCUGGCUCAGUUCCAUGGUGCCUACCAGCUUGCCGAUUGGUGCCUCCACCAUAUCUGCACCAACUACAACAAUAUCUGUCGCAAGUUCCCUCGGGAAAUGAAAGCAAUGUCAGCAGAAAAUCAGGAUUACUUUGAGAAGCAUCGGUGGCCCCCCGUUUGGUACCUGAAGGAAGAAGAUCACUUCCAGAGAGCCAGGAAAGAGCGCGAGAAGGAAGACUACCUCCAUCAGAAACGGCAGCCGAAGAGACGGUGGCUCUUCUGGAAUGCUUCUUCCCCGUCCUCGUCGGCAGCCACAGCUUCCUCUUCCUCUUCUUCCUCCUCCUCUUCCUCUGCUGUGGUUUGAGGGUUGCACUGCCUAUGCUUCGAUGGCUCUUAGAAGAUGGAGGAAGGAGCCUACUGGUGCCUGGCAUUCCAAAGGCGCGUGGCGAGAGAUGCCACAGGCUGCGGCCCUCAGCGGGGAAAAUCCGCAUGAAUAUCCCCGAGAGGCCAAUGAGGGAAAAACCCGAAGGAGAGCAACUCAGGAGCCAGAAUGUCCAACAUCUCAUCCAGAGCUCUGGGUGGUCUCCAUCCCUGCCUCGGCUAGUCUAGAAGCACAGCAGAUGGAGGCUCCCACCGGUGGAACGGAACGCGGUCCUGUUUUCUUUCCGAGAGGCUCAACUCAUCCAGCGGGACUGACUCCCUUUUGCAAAAAAAAAAAAAAAAAAAAUGCUGGAGGAGGGAAAAAAUUGUUUGUUUUUGUUUAAAGUGGGGGGGGGAAACACAAUUACUCCAAGAAAGAUGGAGCCAUUCUGUAUUUUUUUUUCUUUUCCCCUUUGCAAAAAAAAAAAAAAGUUUUCUUAAAAAAAAAAAAAAGUAUUAUGUACCUCACAUCGACCAUUCUCUGCACCUUAACAUUUCAAGCUGCUGCAGAUGCUGCGUGUCCCAGAACUUUCAUUUUAUCUUUCUGGGUUCCUGGCAAAAGGGCCACUUUAUUUUUGGUUGCACUUAAUGACUACCCAGGCACUUAUCUCUUAGAUGUUUUGCUUUGAGCAAGGAAUGUUGUCCUGCCAGCAAAUGGCGGACGCCCCUAUGAAGGAGACGCUGGCCAAGAGAAGCACAGAUCCUCCACUGGGGUUCAAGGGCGAGGGAUGGGGGGCAGAAAUGACCCUAGAAUAGAGAAAAGCAGCUUGGCAAAGCUGGAAAGCUGCUGCUCCCACCCACUUCCCUCCCCCUCCACUUAAUUUUGUCAGUAGUUUGCAACACAAUCUACAAGAUUGACCAAACAUGGCAGAUUAGGAGAAAAAUGGGAGGAAGAGAACAAUUCCCCGCCCGAUUUUGGCCAUAAUGCUUGAAGAUGCACUUGUAUGAAAGAGUAUAAACCCAUCCACCCCCCAGCAGUUAAUGUGCUGUUUUAAUGAAAAUGAAAACACCAACCAAUACACAUCCUGGAUUUUAGUGUGGAAGGUUCUGUUGUAAUAAAUGGUAUUUUAAAGA